UAUUUCAUGGACGAUAUUGCUACUGCUUAUUGAAGAUCAUAACAGUGGACAAUCUAACCAGUUUAUCAACUGCUAGCAAUAUAAGCUCCUGCCAGCAUUCAAUAACUCGGUACGACUCCCAUAGCUUACCUGCCUUAUAUACUUGCUGAAAUAAACAUUUACAGACCAGUUAAGCUUAUCGUCUUCUCAGUUGUUAUGGGAACUCUUGUCCAUGGGUCAUGCAUUUCUGGCAACAAGAUUGAAGCAGGGUUACAAGUUGAGUUGAAAGAGAGGAAUAAGAUGAAGCUCGGAGGUUCAAGCAGGGAAUACAUGCUUCACUGGAUUCCCAUCAGCCGCGCAUACGAUUUGGAGAAUCCAUUUGUAGCUCCAUUAGCUGAUGCAGAACCAUUGGAAGAAACAGAAGAGAAAGAACAUCAGGAUGAAAGGGGCUUUGUUCUUCAGAAUGAGAAUAAUGAUUUGGUGCAGGGUCUAGAUUCAUCGUUAGCCGAUAUGUAUUUGUUGCCAUAUGUAAAAAGUUUGACUCCAUCAUCUCCGCUGAUGCCUGAAGAGAUGAAGUCCCCAUUUCACUUUAGUCAUGAGGAAGUAAAGAUAAAUCUACCAGGAAAAUGCAUGGAGAGCAUGAACUCAGUUUGCUGCAGCCUGCUUACGAACCUGACAAGGAAAACAACACUCCGCAGGCCCUUCUUGUCUCGGCAGAAUCCCAAACAGAAAAUGCCGAUAGUAGUACCCCAGUAAGAUCUCAGCAUUUGGUCUAGAAGGGGAAAAUGUUCCAGUGUUCAGAUUCAAACUGGUAGAGAUAGAUCAAUUAUUGAAAAAGUUCACAUUGACACUGAAGUUUACUCACUUAAUCAUGAGAAGAUUGCAAUGGAAUCCUCUUUCUAGUGGAAAAAAGGAUGGAGAAGAUGCCUUCACUGUAUUUUCCUCCACCUGCUAUUAAUUUAAUUUAUUGAACUGAUGAUAGAUGCUUCAAUAUGGCACAUGCCCAGUGCAUACAUAACCAUCUAAAGACUUAUAUACGGCAGCGUCUCACUUGAACUCACUCUUGUUAGCAGAAAACUUCAACAUCUGCUUGAUGAUGACAUAGUUCCCCAGAUUCAAUUGAGAUACACCAACUCUGACAGGAGUAAACUCUGAUGUGUUCUUAAUUCAUGUAAUUAUUUGAAGUUAUUCCUUAUUGCAUGUGCUUUCGCAAUGUUGGUCAUACACAUAGUCUAAUCAUUCUCUUUGUCCAAAGUCCAAACUGACGAAAAUUUAACAUACACCGUAAUUACAGACUAACUUUGU